AUGGCUCACCUCAAUUAACAUUGUUUAUAUGAUGGUCAUUAAAAUAGUCAAAUUUUGGGAGUAUGUCUUAAUACAUAAUGUUCAAAUAAAAAACCAUAUUGUCAUCACUGCAUUUCAUAAUAUCAUUCAUCACAUGUAAAUGAUUUAAAAAAUUAUGAAUAACUUAAGAUUUGGUCUAAUUAGUUAAAUUAAACCUACUAAGACAUCUUAAUUACAUCUAAAGCAAUCUAGAAGGAAUUAUAAAAUUUAAUAGACUAAAUGAAAGAUUUGUAUGUCGAUCCUAAUACUAUCUUUUCUGAAUUUAAUAUUACAGAAUUAGAAAAACAAGUCUUUAAAUUGAUGAGCAUAUAAUAAUUAUAAAAUUCACCUUUAUUUGCAAAUCUCCAAGAAAUCAACUAGAAGCUAAAUUUAGCUAAAAAAGGGGAAAGUCAAAUAAAAGGUAGUGCAUUAUCAAUAUCUCCCAUUCAAACAAAUUGUAUAUCAAUGUUAAAUAGUGUUUCUUAAAAUUCUAUUAUUUUACUUCCUGCUAAUCAAACUGACUUUCGCUUUUCUGAAUAGCUUACAUUUAAAAGCUUAGCAAUUCAAGAGAAUGGAAAAAAGGUCGUUUGUACAGGAGUAGAAUGGGGUUUUGCAAUGUGUGAACCAGCAAUCCCUAAAGAAGGAAUUUCAAGAUUUGUUUUUUAAGUAAAUCACAAUAAUGUAUGUAAUUUAUAUGUUGGUGUUUGUCAUAAAGAUAAAAUUAUUUAAUCAAAUUACUCUCCUAUUUCAUUUUAAAAAUUAGGUCAUGGAGCAUACCUUAUAUUUAGCACUGGAUUAGUAUUAUCUCAUUUAUAAGCUGAAAUUAACUUUUAAUUUAAAGGGUUCUCAUAUUCAAAUAAUGAUAUUAUAAUUAUGGAAGUUGAUAUGAAUUAAUAGCAAAUUAUAUUCACUCAUUAAUAAAAGCAAUAACAAAUUGUAAAUUAAUUUUAAAUAUUUUUAGGUUAUGAAAUUAGAUGUGACAUAAGAUCUACAUCCAUAUGCAGAAUUAUGUGUAAGUUCUUCAAUUUAAAUCCUUUAGAUUUGA